AUGCCCGAUAAUGUCUGCACCAAUUGUAUACAGAGUCACAAGGCUUGCACUUAUGUGGAGAUGUCCAAGCCCAGGGGCCCACCUAAAGCGUAUGUAACUGGACUUGAGGACCGUCUGGAGAAGAUGGAGGAUCUCUUGAAGAGGCUGUGGCCUGAAUCCGAUUUUUCAGAAGAGUUAGGACCUCCAGUUAUACGUGAUUCGUGGAAAAACGAGGAUUCUGCAAAUUCAGCUGACAACGCCACUUCCCAAUCGAAAGUCAAGUCUAGUCCUUUCAAUCCCCCGGCGCCAUCAUCAUUCAAGAAACCUGACGCGGCAAGCGCACUGUUCUCUCCCUCGGUCCCGCUUGGAUUUUCCACCCACUUAAUGCUCAGCGAUCUACGUCCACAGAAGCGCCCUCGGGUUCCGGUUCGGAAACAUUCUUCUGGGACCCAUGGAAGCCACUCCAGGCCGGAAGCCAAUGCCUCUGAUCCUUCAUCUGACAUCGAUGAGCUUGUGGAAGGCUUCGGAGGGAAAGGACGACUAUCUCUACGCUUGUCCGAUGAUGUCGCGGAAGAGGACAACUCUGCUCGUUUUCAUGGUCAGAGUAGCUCAUUACGGAUGGUGGAUGCGACACGAAAGUUCAAGCACCUGCAUAUACUUGAGACUUCUAGCGAUUCCGGUAAGGGUACGCCUAGUCCAGAUUUUCGCUCCGAUUCGCCAAGGAGAGCAGAAUUUUGGCACCCCCCGCCUUGGGAACGUUUAUACGAAGGUCUUCAUGUAGAUUCCCCUGAGAUUCUCCCAGAAAUCCUUGCUCACUUCCCUCCUCCCGAUCUUGCCACGAAGCUCAUUGAUAUUUAUUUUCCGCCACAUCAACAUCCAUGGCGCGAGAAUUUGCAAAAUCGGAACAUCUGGUUCGCAUGUUUGACACUAACCAUCUUUGCGGUCGCUAGUCGUUAUUGUGAUGAUCCGCGGGUUCUGCCGAAAGGUGUUGCCAAGAAGGAAAAUGAGGAAGUAGAUUGGACACAGGCUGGGUGGAGCUUUUUUACCGUGGCGCUUGGUGUUCAUCGACAUCGGAGGAGCCUUCUCUAUCCAGCCACUCUGUUCGAAGUGCAGACGUUCUCACUCUUGGCCAUGUUUCUCCGAGGUACCACGUCUCAUCCGACUGCCUGGCUGUUAAUCGGUGUGGGUAUACGCAAAGCUCAAGACGUCGGAGCCCAUCGCCGAACGGUUUAUCAGCAGAGACCCACGGUACAAGAAGAGUUGUGGAAGAGAGCUUUUUGGAUGUUGAUAGCGUUCGAUCGCAUCGGAAGCGCUCAUAUCGGACGGCCAUGCGGUUUUGGGGAAGAAGACUUCGAUGUGGACUUACCGGUAGAAGUGGACGAUGAGUAUUGGGAACCUGAAGACCCGAACAUGGCCUUUCGGCAGCCUCCAGAUGUUCCUUGUACGAUAACUGCUUUCAAUUUGUUCAUCAAGCUCUCACAGAUCGUGGCUUUCACCACGCGGACCAUCUAUGCUACGAAUCCGGCCAAUGUUAUUAUGGGGCGUCCUAUCGGAAGACCAGAGCAAAUUGUUUCACAGCUGAACGCCGCCCUGACAGAAUGGGUAGACUCAGUUCCUGAGUAUCUGAAAUGGUCUUCUCAGCUAGAGAACCCAAUCUAUUCCAAUCUCUCGGCGACUUUAUACACCACUUAUUACCUCACUCAGAUGCUGAUUUAUCGCCCCUUUAUUCCAUCGCCGGCAGCGUAUGACGGUCGUCCUUCUAACUCCACUUCGUCGUUUCCAUUUCCAGCCUUGGCUAUUUGUACCAACGCAGCCAAGUCAUGCGCUCACAUCGUUGAAGAACAAAUGCUGCGGGGAAUUUGGAAUAUUCCAAAUCUGAUCUCGGUAUCGCACAUUUCGUGUGGCAUGUUACUAGUGGGGAUUUGGGAUCUGAAAGCCAAAGAAAGGGCUCAGCUGGCCAAUGGGGUCGAAGAUAUCAAGCCACCUUUGGUUCAGGCUCUGGAACCUCUCAUCAAGGAUAUAUCUAUCUUUCUAAAAGCCUUGGAAUGGGCAGCGCCCCGUUAUGAGACUGUGGAAUCUACAAUACGACAAAUCAAGGAAUCAUUGCCUUCUCCCGAUAUUGAUGAUAGUCGACCACGUCCUCUGGACUUCCGGGAAAGCAGACGACUAGCACAAGACAAUGUUUCUCACUACAUGUCAGGUUCAUCCGAGUCAUCAACCGAGUCGCAACAGGAGGUUGCUCUCUGGUCCAUGCCCACGACGCAUUCGCCGCAACCAAUUAUAUCGCUUCAUCCGCCUUAUUCUGUCGAAUCAACCCCUCCUCAGCCAACGCGAUCUCAUUCCGUGCACAGAAGUUUAUCUUUCUCGUCAAUGUCCGUAUUGAGGCAGAGUUUCUACCAGGUCCAAGAUGCUUCUGACGAGCAACUUCCCACUACCGAGACUGAUACUUCUCGUUAUUCAACCUAUCGACCGCCUCCACCCAGUAGCAGCGCGAACGACUGGCAGGCCCCGCGAUCACGCGUUCCACGAAUUGCUUCAUAUCAUCGAUUGCCUCAUUCAUCGCCUGCUCCAUAUGAACAUCAAAAUAAGUCAUUUGUCGACCAUCAGCUCCCUCCCUCGAGUCACAGGCAAGUCGCUUAUCGAUCAAUGGAUGAUUCAGGUCGCGCAAUGGAUGUGUACGAUGACGAAAGUGGUCGAUAUUCUCAUCCGCCUACUUCGGACACUCGAUCGAUUCCUGCACAAACUCAGUCUUCCGUCGAUAGACGGGUAUUCCGUGCGCCCCCUGGUUGGGACAGACAAAAUCACCACUAUGACGAAGAAAACAAAACGAGCUUUUUUACGUGGGAUAAUCACCUGCCACGAGCCUUUCAUGCUUUCCCUCCACCUCCUACACCGCACACCUCCUAAUUUAUUCAAGGGCUUGGUCUGUAAUACUAGAGAUCUCCCAUUUUGUAAUUCAUCGCAACUGCUUAUUUAUCUCUUCCUCUACUGAAUUUAGUAUUCAUGCAAUAAUGUAUCUUGUAGUAUAGGUAAAUAUCCAAGGACCUUGUUCAUCGUAGUUUUCUUGUUGCAUAAAUAUGCUUUUAGAUUCAUGUACCUUACAGCCAACAUAACUGAGCCGCGGAGGCUGGUCUCAAAUUU